UAUCUACACAUAUCCUAUCCACAAUGCAAUUCAAAUCCGUCGUCAUUGCUUUAACUGCUGUCUCUGCUGUCUCUGCUGCUAACGCUUCUAACGGUACUAACGGUACUAACGGUACCUCCAGCUCUUCUUCUGCUGACUCUGGUGCUGGUGCUGUCGGUGCCGGUUUAUUCGGUGCUGCUGCUGCUGCUGGUGUUGCUUUAUUAUUAUAAGCUUAUCCAGUUCUAAUAUUACUAUAAUUUUUUAAUUCAUUAAUUUUGUUUUUUGUCUUUUAAUUAUUCAUUUUUAAUUUUGUAUUAAAAAAAAGAAUGUUUUACUUUUUGGGCUGAAAUAAUGCUUUUUUUUUUCUUAAUAAUUUAAUUUUUUAUAUAUA